CAGUAAGGAGGCGGGAAUUCCCUGGUGUUCUCAAAUCGUAUUUCCAAACAGGAAGAAGUCAGCACGAGUGCAUCUUUAUCGGGCAUUAAUCUGACAUGACCCCUGGGAAGUAGAAAUGAAGCGGGGGAACUGGCGAUCGAGUGGCAGGGACCGUCAUCGACAGCACAGUCAGUCACAGUGGCGGAGCAGACACCGUUCAGCCCACGAUGAGCACGAAUAUAGAUCUGAAAGCGCAGCAGGUGAUGCAGGUUCAUCCACAGCAUCCUCAUCUGCACCAGAGCUGCCAGGUUUCUACUUUGACCCAGAGAAGAACCGCUACUUUCGUUUGUUGCCUGGACACAACAACUGUAACCCUCUGACAAAAGAAGGGCUCCAGAAAAAGGAAGAGGAGAGAAAGAGAUCUGCGCUGCUGGCAGAGGAUGAUGGUUCUAGGAAGAAAGCUCCCAGGACUGGGCUGAAUUCUGCAUUGCUGUUACAGAAGAGACAUCUGGGUCUGCUGCCCCCAAGCUCCUAUUCUAGGCUGGUCCAUGAAGUGAAAGUAAGCGGGAUGCAGCGUCACAGGCUGGGGGUGCAGAGCUCCAACUCCACCAGCCCAAACACCGAUAACUUCCAUCUCAUUGUUGCCGAUUCAGCUUGUGAACGAGUCUUCACCGUAAACGAUGUGUCGCACGGAGGCUGCAAGUAUGGCAUAAUGAAUUUCCAUGGCUGCAGAAAGGGCUCUCUGUCGGUGGAGAUGUGCGAUAACCUUUAUUUUACUAACCGCAAGGUGAACUCUGUAUGCUGGGCCUCUGUGACACAUACAGACUCGCAUGUUCUGUUGUGUUUGGUGGGUAUUUCUCAGACCCCAGGCUGUGUAAGCUUAUUACCUGCUUCUCUUUUCAGCAACUUCAAUCCAGAUCAACCAGGGAUGCUGUGCAGUUUUAAGAUCUCCACAGCUUGGUCAUGUGCAUGGUGCCUCAACCCACAGGCUGAUAAAACCUUCAGCACUGGCCUUUCACGACGAGUGAUUGUGACGGAUGCUGUGACCGGACGUAGAGCGACAUACCUUGCAGGCAGUGAUGUUCUAGCUCAACAGUUUGCCGUGAGGGCUCCCGUGCUGUUCAACGGCUGUCGAUCAGGAGAGAUCUUCAGCAUUGACCUGCGUCAGCGUGACAGGGGUCGCAGUCACGGUUGGAAGACCAGCCGCUUCUUCCAGGAGUCAGCCAUCACCUCCAUCCAACUGCUACAGGAUGAGAACUACCUCCUCGCCGCUGACAUGCUGGGCAAGAUAAAGCUGUGGGACAUCCGCGUUAAGCGGUCCGUCAAACAGUAUGAAGGACACCACAAUGAAUAUGCCUACCUACCCAUUCAUGUCAAUGAGCCAGAAGGAUUGCUGCUUGCUGUGGGUCAGGACUGCUACACCCGGCUCUGGAGCCUCCACGACAGCCGUCUCCUCAGGACCAUCCCCUCACCUCACCCUGCAGGGAAAGACUCCAUCCCAAAUGUGGUGUUUUCCUCCCAGCUGGGUGGGAGUAGAGGACUUCCUGGACUCCUGAUGGCUGUUCGUCAUGAUCUGUACUACUACUCUUACAACAAAGACUAUCAGGAUGGACUAACACUGGAGGGUCAGUGCUAACAGUUAACAUCUAAAAACCAAAAUCAGGCUGCUGUGUGAAAAAUACAUCUGUUGGCAUUGUUACUGUGUCCUACUGACCGCAAUGUUGCCAUUUUACCAUUUGCCUUUAGUUUUUUUUUUUUUUUUUUAAUAUAUUCUGGAUUAGACUAUGAUGGAUUCAGAAUACUACUUGUCCGUUAUAUCAUCAAUAGAUGGAUUUUUGUAAAAGAUUUUUAGAUACAUCUAAAUUAUAGUCACUUGAAACAUACCUCCUAAAAGUGCAAUUUCAUGUUUUGUUUUGUUUUUCUUUUGGGGAAACAUUUUGCUGGAACUUUUUGUAAAAAAAAAAAAAAAAAAAAAAGGGGGAAACCAUUCUUCAAUGUUCAAAAUAAAUCCAAACUUUGUUUAUCUGUA